AUGCAUGAAACUAGUGGACCAUUGCCAUCAACGGAAGAUCUGUGUGAUGACUUAGAACCAGACUAUGUUGCAGGCUUAGAAACUGUACCUGAGAAUGGUGUAAUUAAUCAACCAUCAAAUAAUAAUAUUGGUGAUAAUAAUGAUCCAUCACUUCAUCGAUCACAUACUCAACCACGUCCAUCUUCACCUUCAAAUUCGGUAUCUGGUACUUCAAGAACAGGAACAUUAGGAGCACGAUCUCCAAGAGAAAAAGCUCAAAAAUUUUUCGGGGAAGACAGUAUUCCAUCUUCUGUUCAUGUUUCUCGACAGCGUGAAGACAAACCUUGGUUCUUAGGUUAUGAUUAUCAACAAGAUGACCUAGUAUUUAAUAUGGAACAACAUGUUAAAGGUGGCACUUUGGCUGCUUUAGGGGAACGAUUAACAAUGCAUGAUUUAUUAGACUCGAAUUUCAUCGCUACAUUUUUAUUAACUUAUCGAUCAUUCACGUCGACCGAUGAAUUCUUUAAUCUAUUAGUGAAAAGAUUUAUGAUUCAACCGCCCGAUAAUUUAUCUCCUGAAGAAAUUGAAAUCUGGCAAGAGAAAAAACAAACUCCAAUUCGAUUAAGAGUCUUUAACAUUAUGAAGAGUUGGCUGGAAAAUUACUAUAUCGAUGAUCAGGAUUCUCAUUGCCUGGAACGGAUGCGUGAUUUCGCUCAAAAAAUUAUGCAUGAACAUAUGGCAUUUGCUGCCGUUAGUUUGAUUAAAGUAAUUGAAAGAAGGCAAAAACAACCAAAAGAUGCCAAUUUCAGAGAUUUCAGAGAUAUGGUUCUUACCAAUCCUGGAUCACCGCCAGCCUCAAUUCUACCAAAGAACAUGAAAAAACUGAAAUUCUUGGAUUUAGAUCCAUUAGAGAUUGCCCGACAAUUAACAAUUAUCGAAAGUAAAUUAUACAACAAAAUACGCCCCGUUGAGUGUCUGAAUAAAGCAUGGAGUAAAGAAAGUAAAGAGGAAGGUGAUGAAGGUGAAAUAGCUGAAAAUAUUAAGGCGAUGAUUGUUAAUAGUAAUCAGAUCACUGGAUGGGUAGCUGAAUCGAUCUUGAAUCAACCAGAAGUCAGGAAACGAUGUGCACUAAUAAAACAUUUUGUCACAAUAGCAGAUAAAUGUCGUGUUCUAAAUAACUUUAACUCUUUGACUGCCAUUAUAUCUGGUCUCAAUUCAGCACCGAUUCAUCGUCUCAAGCGCACUUGGGAGAUGGUGAAUCAAAGAACAAUGCAAACUUUAGAAGUGUUGAAUCGAAUCAUGAAUUCAACGAAAAAUUUUUCGGAUUAUCGGGAAAUGUUGCAUAGUGUAAAUCCACCUUGUGUACCAUUUCUAGGCGUAUAUUUGACCGAUCUGACAUUUAUUGAAGACGGUAAUCCAGACACAUUAAAAAAGGGUCGAGCUCUAAUAAACUUUUCAAAGCGUAUGAAAACCGCCGAAGUCAUUCGCGAAAUCCAACAAUACCAGUCAGUUCCAUACUUUUUGAAAGCGGUGCAAGAAAUUCAAAUAUUCAUAAAGAGUCAUUUACAGGAUAGUCGUGAUGUCAGCGAAUUAUAUGAACUAAGCCUAAAUAUGGAACCACGGGAACGUGAGGACGAAAAAAUUGCACGAUUGUUACAAGAGUCUGGCUUCUUAUGA